AGGCGCACUCGCUACAUUCUUUAGCGCUCAAUGAAAACCUUGCACAGUCUGAACUUUUUAUGCCACAGUUUACUGAACCUUUACCAAAAUAAAAACAGUUUAUUGGACAGGAUUCUAUAUUUUUUUAAACAUUUGCAUUUACGAGAUUAAAGUUUUUGUGGUGGUCGACCGAUACUGUUUUUUUUUCGAGAACAGGGUGAUGUCAAGAUAUGUAUCGUUUUUAUUUGUUAUUAUCAAUAUGUUUUGAAAAUGUGUAAAAUAAACAUACUUACAUUGCUACUUAAAGGUUUACGUCUAAACGAAAACUUCUGCACAAAGAAUGUAACCCUGCACUGUCAGAAAAAAUAUAUGGAACAGUUUAUUGGACCUUUAAACAAUUUAUUUGUAAAAAGUUUACAUGUUUAUGUUUAUGUUUAAAGUUUUUGUAGUGGUCGACUGACAACCAGUGCUUAAAAGCAGGAUGGCCGACAUAAAUAAGCCAAGCUUUUUUUAUUUUUAUUUUAAUCAAUGUAUGAGAAAUGUGAAAUAAUUUAGAAAUGAUGAUUGUGUCACAUAAACAAACUGAGAUUUUUAAACUUUAGGCAGUUUCGAAUUUAAGGAUGCACUCAGUAUAUUUUUAGCACUAAAUUAAAACUUUUAUACAAAGAAUUGAACCCUGCACUGUCAAAAAAAUAUACAUUUUAUGGAACAUUAAAAAACACAUAUAUUUUUUUAAAUAUAUCGGUUGGCAAUAAAUGGAUCGACCACUAUUUUGUAUCUUAUUUGAUCGGGAUUUAUGGAUCGUAUAGUAUGAUAUACUGAGAAUAUCACAUCUCAAAGACCUUUUAUUUGCUAAAAGAAUUAUGGGCUAUCAAUCGGGGGGCAGAUUGCGUGUAGACAGAUAGUGUGCAAGUGUUGGUAAUUUACAGGCCUUAGAGGUCCACGUAUCAAAUAUGAUACAGAAACAUUUUGAUAAAUAUCAUUAAAGGAUUUCUAAUCACAUGAGAUGAUAAUCAGCUAAUCAGAAGACCGGUGCAUCUAGUUAUCUAUUUUAUUCUACUUGGAGCUGGUUACAUAUUCGUGGGAACUGUCACGUUGACAUGACAUGAAUGCACCUGUAAAUGCUUUUUGCGAAGGUUUUCAUUGAGAACUAAAGAAUGCAGCGAGUGCGCCUUCAAGUAGUGUGACUGGCUGAACGUUUGCCCUCGCAUGACAUGAAUGCACCUGCACAGGGCAUCUUGAACCCAUAUGAAUCAAUCUUACCCACCAGAGGACCGUCUCGGCCAGGGUUCCUCAAACCUCACCCUGGAGGUCCAAUGCACUGCAGAGUUUAGCUCCGACCCUGAUGAAACUCGCCUACCUGUGAUUUUCUAAUGAUCCCGAAGACGCUGAUUAGCAUGCCCAGGCGUGUUUGAUUAGGGUUAAAGCGAAACUCUGCAGGAAAAUGGAUCUCGAGGUCCGGACUCGAGGAUCACUGGUCUAGGCUGUGCUUCUGGUCAUUUCUGGCAGCGUUGUCGCCUCUGUGUGUCGCCCCCUGUCGGUGAGUGAGAGCAGUGACGGCGGAUAACAGAGCCACGCCGUGAUUGGUCCGCUGUCACUUUCUCGUGUUCGCCGCUCGCGCUCUUCUCAGGUGUGUGCGUGAGCAGGGAUCUGCGCUGUCCGCAGCUCUUUGAAAACCUGAAAUUAUAUUCUCAGUAAGGCUGAGAAUAUAAUCGCAACAAGAUUUGCCUUCUGCCCUAGAAAACCUUUUGUUUUCCGCUUUAUUUGUUUUUGUGGACUACAAUAUGACUAUAAGAUCGGACCGAGACCAUGGACAGCGUUAUCGGCCACGAAUGUCCUGCCUUAAAAAGGUGGAGACCACAGUGGUUCAGAUGCAGGACCCAUCGGCUGGAGUGAAGGGAACGAGUCAGAAGCUCAACGUUACAACCAUUCCCCAUGCCAUCACUGGUCAGGAUAUUGUUGCAUGGAUCGCCAAAAACAUGAACAUGGACAGUGAUGAGGCUCAAGCAUUUGGAACAAUGUUAGUGGCAUUCGGUUACAUCUAUCCUCUGCAGGACCACAAAAAGCUUGCCCUCAGACCAGAUGACAGUUUGUACCGCUUUCAGACCCCCUAUUUCUGGCCUGUACAGAAGUGGAAGGCUGAGGACACAGAUUAUGCAAUCUAUCUGGCAAAGAGAAACAUUCGAAAAAAGGGUGUGCUUGAUGCUUAUGAGCAGGAGGAAUACAGCAAACUUCACAAAUGGAUGAACCACAAAUGGGAUUUUAUCGUGAUGCAAGCUAAAGAGCAGUACCAUGCCGGGAAGCAGCGUCAGAAGGCAGACAGAGUUGUGUUUGACUGUCAGGAAAGAGCCUACUGGAUUGUCCACAGGCCUCCACCGCAAACCCACAGCGCUAUGGAUUGCGGCCUGGAACGUCACAUUGACCCUAAUGUGGAGGAGAAAAAAACCUACGAUUACUACAGAAGAAUUAUCAUCUACACACAACAGGCCAUCAUGAGGUCAAGGGUCAAGUCUUCAGUAUCUCUUGGAGCCCUGGUCAAAUAUGUGACGACACUUAAGAACCACGACCCAUUCCUCGUUCCCUGCCUCCCCAGCAAUCCCUGGAUUACUGACGACGACGCUUACUGGGAGCUGAACACGGCAGAUGUUGAAACUCCCACAAAAAUGAGAGUGGAGCGUUGGUCCUUUAGCUUCUAUGAGCUGCUUAAUGAUCCACGGGGCCGUGCAGACUUCAAGAUUUUCCUAAAGAAAGAAUUCAGCGGUGAGAAUCUAGCUUUCUGGGAGGCCGCCGAGGAGCUGAAAUGGGGCACGGCAGCUUCUAUGUCAGAGAAAGCAGAACAGAUUUUCAAGACCUUUUUGGCCCCAGGAGCACCACGAUGGAUCAACAUUGAUGGCAGGACAAUGGGCCUAACAGUAAAGGGACUGGAACAUCCUCACCGAUACGUAUUGGACGCCGCCCAGACCCACAUCUUUAUGCUGAUGAAAAAGGAUACCUUUUAUCGCUACCUGAAGUCACCAGUUUACAAGGAAAUGCAGAAAAAAGCCAUUUCUCCAGCACCACACGAUUUCUCUGAGGCCCAGCUGCAGCAAAACAUGAGGAACCGCAGGCCGAGCGUCAGCCCCAUCAUCACCUGGCAGAAGGAGCAGGAAGAGAAAGCCAAAGCAGCAGCCGCAGCUGGACCCAUCGACAUCAAGAAACUGAUGGCCAGCAAACUAGACCGCAAAUAGAAAGCUGAGACAGCGGGACAUGCUGGAAAUGCUUCACCUGACAAUCUGACUAAUAAAAAGAGACCCGUACAUGGCUUAAUGAUCCAAUGCAAGGUCUUAUAUAAUCAAGCUAAACUUUGAAACCCUAACUUCCGCGAAAUUUGUUGUAUAUAUGACUCCCGAACAUAGUUUCUAGUUUCAUAUUGCUACACUCAAAUAUUUUUUGUAGUUUGCAAAAUACUUUUUCAGAUCACACUUGUUUCCAUGCAGUGAUUCUGUUCACACAACACACAUUUCAAUGUGUUUACCUGUAUAGCGGUUUCCCAUUACAGUGUGAAGAUGUUUAGUAUGUGUGUGCAGUAGCGAAUACCUGUUUAUGUUCGAGUGUAGACAGCAUGUUUAUUGGUUCAGUGCUGUGUGUUUGUAAUACCGCCUGCAGUGUUGAAGAAACGUCUUUGAAAAUGUAGCUAAUCUUUUCCAUUUAAAUUACAAAUCUACAGUCAAAACGUCAUUUUAUUCAACUGUAUAACCUUUACUUAAAAAGCCUCUUUAAUUAAGUUACAAAAAUGGAAUAUACACAAACUCUUAAUUAGGUUAACUAACAAGGACAUGA